AAAAUGGUGUAAUGUCUGAUAUCAAUGUUCGAAAGAUUCCAGAUAAAGGUUUAGGUCUUGUCUUAAAACGCCAAGCGGCUCGUGAUAAUUCAAUAGUUGCAUAUAUUCCUUUUCAUCUUUUACUUAACACGACAAAAGUUGGAAAAUAUGCUAAAGAAAAAGCUCCUAAACUUGAGGAAACUUUUCAAGCUUUAAUAAAACGUGGUGAAUCAUUAACCGAACAAGAACCUUCCUUAUGGAAACCGUAUGUUGAUAUUUUACCGCAUACUCUUCAUACUCCAUUGUUUUAUGAUAAAACAUUAAGAGCUUGUCUAGAUGGAACAAGUUUGAAAUCGGCCGUAGACGCAAAGUUCAAUAAACUUCAACGUGAAUAUAAUAGACUUCGUCCUCAUUUUAAUCAAUG